CGCCAUGGCUCGGCCGUGGGGCGGGCUGCUGCGGGCGCUCGUGCUGCGGGCGCGUGUGGGUGGCGCUCGGGCCUGUAGCUCCAACGCGGCUGCGGGCAGCCUGGAAGGACCAGGCCGCCCGCGCUCCUACUGGCGCUACGUGAGGCGCCUGGUGCAGGGAGCGCCGCGGCCGCCCUACGCGCACGUGUGCCAGGUCGGGGACCCGGUGCUACGGGCCGUGGCGGCCCCGGUGGAGCCAGCGCAGCUGGAGGGGCCCGAGCUGCAGCGGCUGGUGCAGCGGCUGGUGCAGGUGAUGCGGCGCCGGCGCUGCGUGGGCCUGAGCGCGCCGCAGCUGGGGGUGCCGCUGCAGGUGCUGGCGCUGGAGCUGCCCGAGGAGCUCUACCGCGCCUGUGCGCCACGCCUGCGCGAACUCCGCCAGAUGCAGCCCUUCCCUCUGCGAGUGUUCGUCAACCCUACUCUGCGUGUGCUUGACAGCAGCCUCGUCACCUUCCCGGAGGGCUGCGAGAGCGUCUCCGGCUUCCUGGCCUACGUGCCCCGCUUCCAGGCCGUGCAGAUCUCAGGGCUGAACCCCAAAGGAGAACAGGUGGUGUGGCAGGCAAGUGGCUGGACCGCCCGCAUCAUCCAGCACGAGAUGGACCACUUGCAGGGCUGCCUGUUCAUUGACAAAAUGGACCCCAAAACAUUCACAAACAUCCACUGGAUGGAGGUGAACGACUGAUGCUUUCCUUCUGGGGCCCAGGCUCUGGGAAACCAAGGUGCAAAUACUUCAGUUUGAGCUGGGCAUGUCGUGGCUUCAACCUGGUGUUGGCCCUGAUUUGGCUGGAAACAGUAACUUGCUAACACAUGGAAUCAGCUCUGCACAAAAUACUGCCUACAACUUGAAAACUCCCUAAAGAAGUGAUAUUUCUGGACAGUUCUUCAUGGAGAGAAGUGGGACAUGGAAAUAACCAUUCUCAUUACGAAUAAUCUUACAAUACCUGUGUGAUCUGGUGCCAGGGCCACAACUGAUGGUAAUACAGGCCCCAAGUAUCUGAAAGCUUUGUUUAAAAAUGUAGGCGAG